AUGUUAUCAUACGGUUGCAGAAUUCUCCCCAGAACCCUCGUCCACAGAUCAAAGUCCUCACUCGUUUGGACCCGUUUCUCUUCCUCCGGAUCACUCCGUCAGGUUCGUGCAAUGGCGACUGGUUCUGAUUCCUCUUCGCCGUUCAAGAAAGUUCAGAUUGAGAGAGAUGACUCGACAUUCGAUGCCUAUGUGAUCGGGAAAGACGAUGCUCCCGGGAUUGUUGUUCUUCAAGAAUGGUGGGGUGUUGAUUUUGAGGUCAAAAAUCAUGCCCAGAAGAUUGCGCAGUUCGACAGGGAAUACAAAGCAUUGAUACCCGACUUGUACAGAGGGAAGGUUGGUCUAGAUGUUGCCGAAGCUCAGCAUUUGAUGGAUGGUCUUGACUGGAAAGGUGCCGUGAAGGAUAUUGAAGCCUCUGUCAACUGGCUCAAGGCAAAUGGUUCUAAGAAGGUUGGUGUUACUGGGUUCUGCAUGGGUGGUGCUCUUGCUAUUGCAAGUUCUGUAUUGGUCCCAGGUAUUGAUGCUGUGGUAUCUUUCUAUGGAGUUCCUUCAAAAGAGCUUUCUGAUGUCAGCCAAUCUAAAGCGCCAGUGCAGGCUCACUUUGGUGAACUGGAUACCUUUGCUGGGUUCUCAGAUGUUGAGACUGCGAAAGCUCUAGAACGUAACUUUCCGCCAACUGAUUUCAAUGAGGUGUACAUCUAUAAAGGAGUUGGACACGCCUUUAUGAACUGCUCGAGUGAAGGCAUUGAGAGAAGGAAAAAGAUGGGAAUAAACGAUGAAAAUCUUGAAGCGGCCAAUUUGGCUUGGCUUCGUUUUCGUGCGUUUAUGAAUCAUUACUUAUCGGGCUGAAUAGAUACUUUCGUGUUUGAUUACCUAAUGUAGAAUGAUGGACACAACCCUUUUUUUGUUCAGUGAAGAUUGUCGGUUUGUGUUUCGUGCUAAUUAGGUUUUAUGGAUUUGUUGUGUCCCUUUUAUGUGCUUUUUUGGAGCUAGAGUUUGUGGGAUUUUCUGAAAUUAUGGCAUGAUGAAUUUCUGUAUUUAUUAUGAAGCCUUUCUAAUUUUAUUUACUAAAUCAUGAUUGAG